CCCAUACGGUUUACCUUCGUUCUUGUGUCUUCUUCCUCGACUCGAAAACACACAGGCACUCCGAACAGUACGCAGGCAGAGACAGGCGGCGGCGGAGGCAGGAUCAGGUUCCUCGCGGCCGGCGUUAAGUAGGGCGGCCGCCUUACCUCGUACUACUGGUAGGUCCUCCACGGAGCCGCUGGAAGGAGGCUUUGCGGCGAUGGACCGGGUCGGCGGCGGCGAGAAGCAGCUGGAGGAUUGCACAGUGGCCAAUGCUCUAGGAACUUGGUUCUUCUCAGUUGCGGGUGCUCUUGUUGCUAUUCCUGUGGGCAUAAAGAGGAAAUCCUUAGCUCCACUGGUCUUCUUUGGAACCACAGGAACCAUGCUGGACAUUAUCACGGGCAUUAGCCAGUGUGAGCGAGAGCAUGCUGAGCGGCAAAUGAAGCUUUUGGAAGCCCAGAAACUUUCGACCGAUGCUUCAGCUGGGGGUGAAAGCUCUGAUUCCUUUGGCAGUGCUGAUAAGUGAAAUACUUCUCUUGCAUUUCCUAUUGAUUAGGGUUCUUGCUCAGAUGCAAAUUUUACACCUUUUAAUUUCUGAAUAUACCAUUCCUACUCCCCUUAUAACGUGUAAUUGUGUAUUUGAGCAACGAUCAGUUGUUUUCGCCUCAUCAGUACGUGUCAACUGCUAGUAGCCUAGUAGGGAUUAGGCAACGAUGGGUGCGCUACUUUGUGUUUGUGUUCAAUGCUGAGAUUAAACACAGAUACUGGAGGUGUCACGGCCCCAAGGUAUAAGAGAUGCUGAGACUGCAUGACUUAUUGACUUGGUGUAAUCUGUAAGCUCUAUGUGAUGAAGCACAGAUGUUGAGUUUCAUCCCAUACUCCCAUCCCUCGGAUACACGAGGUUGUAUCCACUGUUUUUUUAAUAAUGUCAAUUGAUGAAAAUAUAGCAGGGUUCAA